AUGGUGGAAAUUCAAGUUUGUUUAAGAAGAACAGAUGGCGAACGACAUGAAUUUGUUGACUCUAUUGCAAGGAAGUUUCAAGCAAAGGAGAAUGCUAAAGCUGAUGCUGAUAGGGAUCAACCUCGAAUCACUAAAGGUGAGUCAAGUAGAAGAAGUGACGAUGUGUCAACCGGCACUAGAUCUAGACGAGCUCCAAGUAACGAUGAAAACCCUAGGCCAACUAAAAGAGGCGGAGGUCGAAGCAGUGGUGAUCGUGGAGGCCGAAGUAGUGGUGGUGGCCGUGGUAGGCAAUUUGGGUUUGAUCAAAGAGGCCGUGCCAGUGGAGGUGAUCGUGGUGGUAGAUCAAGUGGAAGCGGUCGUGGUAGUCGCAUUCUCCCUCAGUUUUUGAAUAUGUUAUCUGGUCAAGACAUGAGUCCCUCUAGUUAA